ACUUACAACUCACCGUAACAAUGAGUCCAUCUCGAACGGGAGAGAACUCGGAGCUGGAGCUCAACGAGUUUCUCUCAUCUUUUGUUCCUCAAGAAACACAUUCUUCUAUUCGUGAAUCUGUUAUUCCUGGGCUUCUUACGGCCAUCUCCGCUAUCGGCAGGCAACUCAGAUCAUCACACCACGUCACAAUUGUCGGCACCGAAAAUGCGUUUGGAGAUGAGCAACUGAAUGUCGAUGUUUUGGCUGAAAAGGUCCUGCGAGACGAAAUCGCGAAAUGUCCGACCAUCUACACUGCGAGCAGUGAGGAAGAUCCCGUGGAACGAUCAACAAACGAUGGUAAAGAAGACACCAGCAGCAACGAGCGAUAUACUGUUGCUUUCGAUCCUCUUGAUGGAAGUUCCAUCAUUGGGCCUAAUUGGUCUGUUGGUACCAUCAUUGGUGUUUGGGAGGGAGUCACUUCGAUCGACCAGCCUCCUGAGAAGCAAAUCGCCUCCAUUAUUGGAGUAUUUGGGCCGCGCACCCUCGCUAUCGUGGCCCUUCGGAUCCCAGGAACCCCCGACGUAUGCUUCGAAGUGAGCCUGGACGACACCGACAGAAUCGCCAUUGUUCGUCCAGAGAUUCGCUUUGCUGAGCCUCCGUUCAAGGCGCGAUACUUUGCGCCGGCCAAUCUCCGUGCAGCCGCCGAGAACGAAAAGUACAUGAACCUCAUCACUAAGUUCAUCAGCGAAAAGUACACCCUUCGAUACUCUGGAGGCCUCAUUCCUGAUCUCUUCCACGCCCUCGUCAAAGGUCAUGGCAUCUACAUCUCCCCCGUCACGGAAAACAGCAAGGCCAAGCUGCGAAGACUCUACGAGCUACUUCCUGUCGCUCUUUUGAUCGAGUGCGCUGGAGGCCAGGCUAUCGAUCCCGAGACUGGCCUGAGAAUUAUGGAUACCCCCUUGAAGGGUUGUGAUGACAGAGCCGGUCUGGUUUGUGGAACAUCUGAGGAAGUUGAGGCUGUUAAGGAGGCGCUGUUGAAUUGAGCUGUGGACUAUCAUGACCGGAACGAUAUAGACUGCAUUUAAUAGACUACUGCUGCGUACGCAUACGCUCUUGAACAUUUCGCAUCACAGUUCUUGACUGCAUCUUCACAGCUCCACAAGAAGCCCCUCCUGAGAUAGCGCUGGGAGGGCAGGAAAGUUGGGACUUUCGACCUUGACACCCUUGGCGUGAUGUGCCAGCGGCAGCCAGACAGCCAGCAACGCACUAGUACGAUCCAGCUGUAGAAGCCAGAAGGAAGUUGCCUCGCGGUUCUCGGCUCCAUCCUUGAGAACAGGAUACAGCUG